AUGUGGGAGCCAGUUACAUUAGCGAACACUUUCCAGUUGGCUCAAUUGGAGGAGGCUUCUAACGAGGACAGGAUAAAGAAGUGGAGGGGUGGUUCUGGUUUUAGACCAUCACAAGUCACCAAUGUCCCUGUGCAAGUUCAUUCGAAGAAGUGGGAAGGUGCCGGGGGUAGUCGUCCCUCUAAUUCUAGCAACUUUACUAGGUCAACUCCACCUAAGAGUAAUUUCGCUAAGGGCUCUUGUUACAAGUGUGGAGACCGCUAUUAUUUUGGUCAUGUGUGUGAAGCAAAGAAGCAAUUGAAUGCCUUGCAAGUGGAUCAGGGUGUUGAAGAUUUGCAGGAAGAGAUGAGUGACAGUGAAGAAGAAGUUGAGGAAGUGGAAAGUGAACCUUAA